AUGGAGAAGGUAUUGCCAUAUGAUGUUGUCCUACAGGUAUUUUGCCGAUUACCUAUUCAAUCGAUCUUUAAUUGUAAACUAGUUUGCAAAGCAUGGUUAGGUAUUCUUAAGGAUCCCUUUUUCGCACUACAGCAUGUCAUAUAUCGCCAGCUUAUUAAUGGUGGUGAUCAUUAUGCUUAUGACCACGGCUUCCUUAUGUUAAUUAUAGAUUUUUCAAUCUUCAGCGGUUUUUCACUUUGGUAUCACGAUUAUGUUAAGACUAACGAAGAGGAGGUCGGAUUGUACAUGCCACCAAUCAAGAGGAUCAGUCAUCCUACUAUUCGGAGAUACGAUCACUAUUGCUACAAAUCUAUUAUUGGUUCUUGCAAUGGUUUAAUUUGUUGUUCUUUAAGUAUUGACGGCGAUCCUAUCUAUAUUUGUAACCCUGUCACCAAAGAGUACUUGUGUCUUCCCAAAUUGAUGGAUUCUCAGGAGUACGAGUCUGGAGGAUUUGGCUACCAUCAUUCAACUAAUGAAUACAAGGUCGUUAGAAUUUUAAGCAGAAGAAGCACCUCUGUGAAACGACAGGUCCAAGUAUAUACUCUUGGUGGUACUAGUGAUCAUGGAUGGAGAAACAAAGAUGAUAUUAGGUAUGUAUUUUCCCGUCGAGGGGGCAUCUUUGUGAAUGGAGAAAUUUAUUGGUUGUCUUAUGACAGCACAAUUGUGGCCUUCAAUAUAGCUGACGAAAAAUUUCAUGAAGUUAUCAGUUUGCCACCUUCUAUAACGGAUGAUUUCGGCCUUCCCCUUUUUGAAGUGGACGGAUGCUUGUGUGUUGUAGAAUAUUUGAGGGAUGAUAAGAAAAAUGACGUGUGGUUGUUAAGAAAGAGAACUGGUAAUGAUUUGAGCGGGAAAGAAUUCCAUACUUUGAGUUGGAGGAAGGAGUUCAGUAUCUCAACUAGUAUGUUCAUUUUUCCACUCUCUAUUACAAAAGGCGGUGGACUCUUGAUCUGGCAAGAUGGUGAGUGUCUUUGUUAUGAUCCAAAACAUGGGAUUGCGCAACACAUUGGACACAGUAAUAACGAAUACAUAUUUGAGGUAAUUCCACAUACAAACAGUUUAGUUUCGUUGAAAGCUCUAGUUGAUGAAAGGCCUGACAGGAUAAGAAGAGAAUAA